GUCACGUGUUGUCACGUACUUUAGAGAGGAGAGGGAAGAGAACAAAAUACUCCCCUCUGUGUAAACAGUCGUUUCCCAUACACAAGCUCAACGUCCGGGACAAUCUGCAUACCCACUUGAAUCAACCCUGCAUCAACCACACCUUGCACUGAACCAACGACACAGGUGUAUGUGACAGCACUGAUCAGUGAAUGUCCAUUGGUAUCAUUAGAAGUAUUGCUUUGUUUUGAAGUGUUCGACCUGACAUACCUGUCGUGGCCUGGCAGUGUAGAUGCAUAUAAACAGAGAGAAAGAGGGCGGCGGCUUCGUUGGCCACAAAUUCUCCAUCACGACCUCAUUACACGUCGACAUCGGGUGGCUUUAAGAAGAACACAGGACACAUCGAAGCCCUGACGUUAGCAUCGAUAAAUCCGAACGACAAGGUGACGUAAACAGGCACGGUGACAUGCACGUCUAAUUAAUAUACACUGCAGCAGACCGCGACGGCGCAUACAGCCUGACACAGGGAACUAUCUUCCCAGUUCCCCGCGCAGUGCUGUUCCUAUCCUGGAGUAGAGUGCACGCAGGGUAUCUACACGGACACAGAGCAGUAUCCCUCGCUGGUGCAGGGGCAGGGGUGUCUCCGGAUACUACAGUGAAUAUUCGGACAGCUGCAUACUGUUGAGGACUACCAUGGAUAACUGAAAACUGUUAAGCACAGUUCAGGGCAGUUGAGCUCCGUUCAGGGCAGUUGGCUCGGUUCAGGACAGUUGAGCUCAGUUCAGGACAGUUAAGCACAGUUCAGGACAGUUGAGCUCAGUUCAGGACAAAUAGCAAUGUAAAAAAAGACUCGAGGACAACGGAAAACUGUUGAGGACAGUGUCUGAGGAUACUCAAGAUUUGUAAAGGACAGAAGAAACCCGAAAACAGUUGAAAACAACCAAAGACGACCGAGCACAAUUGAAAAUAAAAAUUACAUCUAAAUGACGCUGAGGACAAUUGAGGACAACUGAACCAACACCUGGCACCACUUGACAGUUGAGGACAGUCGAGGACAACUGAAGACAACGGAGGACAGUCGAGGACAACAGAGGACAGUCAAGGAGCCAUGUGUGGUGGAUGUGGUUGCAGAUGCAAGGAUGUCGUGGAUGCGGAAUCGGGUGACGGUAGCAGUAAAGAGCUGCAUCCGUGCAAGAGGUGCAUGUUGACACCCUGUGUGACCUACGUCUGUAUCGGGGUCAGCAAGAGCGACUACCUGAAGCACUGCAACUGUUACCCCCCGGCAAUCUUUAUACCUGCCAUAACAAUAGUCCAGAUAGCGAUAUUCGCUGCAUAUGCUGUAGAGCUUGCCGGCACCUCGACCCCCGUCACCGCCACUACCGGGUACCCCCGGGACAGCCCUUUGGUGUACCUGCCAACACGUCGCUACGAGGCCUGGCGAUACCUCACCUAUAUGUUUAUACACCAGGGAUAUGAACACUUGAUUGGCAACAUGCUUCUCCAGCUGUUCGUGGGCCUGUCCCUUGAGAUGAUUCACAAGUGGUGGCGAGUUAUGAUAGUCUACCUGUGUGGCAUCAUUGCAGGUUCUCUGCUCCACUCGAUGGUAGAACAUGACUUGGCCUUGGUGGGCGCCAGUGCUGGAUCGUUUGCCCUUGUUGGUGCCCAUCUGGCUGUUGUCAUCACGAACUGGAAUCAGAUGCGAGUGAGGUGCGAGUGCUCAUGUAAAUGUCUGCCACGUAACAUCGACCGCAACCUGUCAACAGCUCCGAUUCGACUCGUGGUGGUCUUGCCAUUGGUUUUACAUGAAAUCGGUCGCGCCAUCUACAAGCACGUGGCUUCCGAGGAAGACUGGAGGAUCGCUGUGGGGGCUCAUAUUGGCGGUGUUCUAGCAGGUGUACUCCUGGGCGUGCCAGUUCUGAAGAACAUGGUGGAGCACCCAUGGGAGACAACUCUGGGGAUCGUCACCGCUGUCGUGUUUCUGCUGUUCGUCGCUGCUGCUGUUCUGUUUAACGGAUUCUACAAUGGCUACCCGCCGACAGACUGGAGCUGAAUAGCUGUCGACGGUCAUGAAACAUCCGUUUUAUCAAUGCUACACCUUUGCUCGUUUACAUGGCAUCAAUAUAUUCUUCACAUGUUGUCGCUCACACAUCAUAGCGUUAUCAAUGCAUGUCGCAUAUACGCUAUGUUGUCGUCGCACACAGAUCAUGAUGUUGUCAUAUGCAUGUCACAUAGACGCCACGUGUCAUUGUCGUACUAAUUCAU